AUGCCGGUCACGACUGUCACCUCCCUUGACCAGUUCCACAAGAUCAUCAACGGCGAAAAGGUCGCCAUUUUUGACUUCUGGGCGACUUGGUGCGGCCCCUGCAAGGUCAUCUCGCCAAUUUUCGAGAAGCUGUCCGACCAAUUCCCCGACUUGGAGUUCUAUAAGAUCGACGUUGACGAGCAGCAGGAGAUCUCGCAGGAGGUCGGCAUCCGUGCGAUGCCCACCUUCAUAGCCUUCAAGAACGGCCAGAAGGUCAAAGAUCUCGUUGGCGCGAACCCAGGCGCUCUCCAGGACUUGAUCAAGGCCGUUUCAGCAUGAAUGUCCGUCCCCAUCUGCGGGCGGCUCUUCACUGCCCCGCCCGAUUAUCGUUAUCAGUCUAUGAGCCUGCCGCACAGCCUAUUGUACCUUGUACCAAUAGACGGAGUUGAUGUAACGAAUGAAAUGGAGGACACAUGAUGCGCAGAUAUCGUGC